AUAACCAGAAACUUUCCGACACUUCUUAGCUUCUUUUUCGACUCUUUAAAUUGUCACUAAUACUAAAGCGUCAUUUUCAUUGUCUAACCACAGCAUAAAUCAACUAAUCAAGUUAAUUAAUUAAUCACCAAAACACAUAUUUUUAACAAACUUUUUAUUUUAUUUUUAUUCAUAAAAAAAAUGAGUUUAGCAAGGUUGGCUUUGAAAAACUUGCACCAAAAAACAGGUAGUUGUGUUGGUAAACAAGGGAAAGGGUGGAGAUAUGGAGUGUUACAGAGAUUAUCAUCAUCGGCUGCAUCAGACGGUAAAGAAGUGGCUGUUCAAGUUCAUGAUGAUCAGAAGAGAUCAGGUAUUAGCAGUAAGUGGAAGUCUUUAUUGCCUAGAACACUCCGUAAACCUAUUAGUCUUUGGAGGAAAAAAGAUGAUAAUCGUCAUUUAGAAAUGUUCCCACCAGCCAGCUUAGGAAACGCUCUUUUAGAAGCAGCAGAAAACAUGAACAGGCUAUUUGAAAGUGUGUUACCAUCCCAGCUUGCUAUACCCUCACAGCUGAUGGGAAAGUUCAAAGAGACAGAUGAAAGCUACAAGCUAAAGUUUGAUAUGCCAGGCUUAACCAAAGAAGAUGUGAAGGUGACUAUCGACGAUGGUGUGCUUAGAAUUCAAGGCGAGAGGAAAGUAGAGGAAGAUGAACAUGAUGAAGAGUAUUAUAUGAGCUAUGGUUACUACAAUACUAGCUUAGUUUUGCCUGAUGAGAUUAAACAAGAUGAUAUCAAGGCUGAGUUGAAGGAUGGUGUGCUUACUAUUACUGUGCCCAAAACAGAGUCUCAUGGCAAGAAUGUCAAGGAGGUUCAAAUUGACUGAUUUGUAAGGAUGAAGAUUGCGUUGUAUGUAUGGUUUGGGGUUCGGGAAUAAUGAUUUGUGGCUUCUAUUUGUUUUGUAAUGCAACAAAAGAAAGAUUUUACCUUUUAUUUCCUAAUAAUGUGGUGAAAUUAUAGCAAAGAAAGAAAUUAAUCCUUUCUUUUUCUUGAUAUGUACAUGGAAGAAUUUCAAAGUUAUUAAAAGAAUAAUGCAUUAAUGU